ACGUGCUUGGCUCAUCAGGGUUGGGGAAGUGCCCAGAGAGCUGUCCAUUACAGUGGUCAGAAGGGGUGGCAGUUGUAACUGCAACACAAGUCAAGGAAGCUGUGCCAAAAACUUGCCCUUCUGGGCAACUUUGCAGGUAGGCUAUCCCAUGAGCACAGUUGUAAUAAGUGGUUGGGUCAUUGGGGUUUGGGAAGUGCCCAGAGAGCUGCCCAUUACAGUGGUCAGAGGAGGGGGUAGUUGUAGCUGUAACACAAGUCAAGGAAGCUGUGCCAAAAACUUGCCCUUCUGGGCAACUUUGCAGGUAGGCUAUCCCAUGAGCACAGUUGUAAUACGUGCUUGGGUCAUCAGGGUUGGGGAAGUGCCCAGAGAGCUGCCCAUUACAGUGGUCAGAGGAAGGGGUAGUUGUAGCUGGAACGCAAGUCAAGGAAGCUGUGCCAAAAACUUGUCCUCCUGGGCAACUUUGCAGGUAGGCUAUCCCAUGAGCACAGUUGUAAUACAUGCUUGGGUCAUCAGGGUUGGGGAAGUGCCCAGAGAGCUGCCCAUUACAGUGGUCAGAGGAGGGUGUCGUUGUAGCUAUAACACAAGUCAAGGAAGCUGUGCCAAAAACUUGCCCUUCUGGGCAACUUUGCAGGUAGGCUAUCCCAUGAGCACAGUUGUAAUACGUGCUUGGGUCAUCAGGGUUGGGGAAGUGCCCAGAGAGCUGCCCAUUACAGUGGUCAGAGGAGGGGGUAGUUGUAGCUGUAACGCAAGUCAAGGAAGCUGUGCCAAAAACUUGCCCUUCUGGGCAACUUUGCAGGUAGGCUAUCCCAUGAGCACAGUUGUAAUAAGUGCUUGGGUCAUCGGGGUUGGGGAAGUGCCAGAGAGCUGCCCAUUACAGUGGUCAGAGGAGGGGGUAGUUGUAGCUGUAACGCAAGUCAAGGAAGCUGUGCCAAAAACUUGUCCUCCUGGGCAACUUUGCAGGUAGGCUAUCCCAUGAGCACAGUUGUAAUAAGUGCUUGGUCAUCAGGGUUGGGGAAGUGCCCAGAGAGCUGCCCAUUACAGUGGUCAGAGGAGGGGGUAGUUGUAGCUAUAACACAAGUCAAGGAAGCUGUGCCAAAAACUUGCCCUUCUGGGCAACUUUGCAGGUAGGCUAUCCCAUGAGCACAGUUGUAAUAAGUGCUUGGGUCAUUGGGGUUUGGGAAGUGCCCAGAGAGCUGCCCAUUACAGUGGUCAGAGGAGGGGGUAGUUGUAGCUGUAACACAAGUCAAGGAAGCUGUGCCAAAAA